GAAGUCAAGCCAACCUCCGUCCUCCAUCCAUGGGCGAGCAAUCCCUCUCCCAGCCCAAGCCCCAGCCUCUCUCCCCGUUCCCGUCGCCUCCCGCCUCCGCCGCGUUGCCGCCCCCCGCCUCUGCCUCUGCCUCUGCCUCUGCCUCUGCUGCCUCCACCUCCCGCACCACCAGCGCCGCGGCCUCGCGCCCCAAGAAGAAGGUGACGAACCCAUCGCCCGACCGUAACCCGGCAAAGAAGCCCCGCCUGACGUUCUCGAUCCCGGGCCGGCCCCUGUCCGCAGUCGGCGAGGUGGGCGUGGCCAUCCGCUACCUGCGCGCCGCGGACCCCGCCCUCGCCGCCGUCAUCGACGCGCACGAGCCCCCCGUGUUCCAGUGCCCGCACCGCCCGUUCCACUCCCUCGUCCGAUCCAUCCUGUACCAGCAGCUCGCCUUCAAGGCCGCCGCCUCCGUCUACUCCCGCUUCCUCGCGCUUCUCGGCGGCGAGUCCUGCGUGGCCCCCGAUGCCGUCCUCGCGCUCACCCCGCACCAGCUCCGCCAGAUCGGGGUCUCCCCGCGCAAGGCUUCCUACCUCCACGACCUCGCCCGCAAGUAUGCCUCCGGGAUCCUCUCCGACGCCGCCAUCGUCAACAUGGACGACCGCUCCCUCGCCGCCAUGCUCACCAUGGUCAAGGGCAUCGGCUCCUGGAGCGUCCACAUGUUCAUGAUCUUCUCUCUCGCGCGCCCCGACGUGCUCCCCUCCGCCGACCUCGGCGUGCGCAAGGGCGUGCAGAUGCUCUACGCCCUCGAGGACGUGCCUCGUCCGUCGCAGAUGGACAAGCUGUGCGAGCGGUGGCGCCCCUAUCGCUCAGUUGGGGCUUGGUACAUGUGGCGGCUCAUUGAAUCCAAGGUGCCCCAGCCGGCGCCAGCCAUCCCUGUUGGAUCACUUGCUUUCCCUUCGCCGGACGGCCAGAGUAUGCUACAGCAGCAAGAACAACAGCAACAGCAGACUGUCAUCCAAAUGAUCGACCCCCUUCAGAUGCUCCCAGGGAUGGGGUGAAUUCGGUAUCACUUCUACUCAUUAGUUACUCCGUCUUAGAUCAAUCAAUGGUUACUCUGUGCAUCUGAUAGUCAGCUCCACACGUUGUUGUUCUGGAAUGGAACCGCAGGAGGGUAGAAUUGGAUAUGAAAUGAGGUUUGGGCCCAACUUAUUAAGUUGUCAAUUUGGUUUGUGUUGUUUAUCUGUGUCAAGAAUCUGUGAAGAUCAUGGUUGGCUGUUGUUUACAUUGUAAAAUCCACCUAGCGGUAUUUUAGAACCUUCUGGAAUUGUUCCAUGCUUGUAGUUCACCUGUGAUAAAAUGAUUAAGACCAUGCUUAACAC